AUGAUAGCAGAGGAGAUUCUCAAGAUCAUUUCAUAUGUAAGCAGAUCAGAUGAUUCAGAUCAAUCCCUUUAUCACCAGUAAUUUUUAGUUCUUGAACAAAUCAAUCGGAAAAAUUGAUGGAUCACAACGAGACAAUAGAAGGAGAAUUGCAGCCAACUUCUCCUAGCUGGACGAUCGACGUUUCAGAUUCAGAUGUUAGGACGAUUAAGGUCAGCAAUGUCUCGCUGCAUGUGUCGGAACGCAAUAUAUUUGACUUCUUUACCUCUUCUGGGAGCAUAGUAUAUAUUGAGAUGCAGAGGGAAAGUGAAGCAACUCAGGUUGCUUGUAUCACCUUCAUAGAUUCUGAAGGAGCAUACAGAGCUGCACUUUUGAAUGGAUCCAAGUUAGCUGAUCACUAUGUGUCGAUAACUCUAAUUAAGAAUUAUCAACUGCCUCCAGAUGCUGCUUCCUUCACAUCACCGCCCAAGUCGAGUGCUGUGAAGAAGGCUGAGGAUGUGGUGAGCACCGUGCUAGCUAGGGGCUUUCUCUUGGGAAAGGAUAGCCUCAAAAGGGCGAAGUCAUUUGACGGGAAGCACAAAUUGACAGUACACGCCUUGGCUACCGUUGCUUCCCUAGACCGAAGAUUUGGGCUGAGGAAGACGCUAAGCGUGGGGACAGCUGUAGUAAACGAGAUGGUGAGAGAAAUGGAUGAGCUGUUUCAAGUAUCUGAUAUUACAAAGUCCGCCUAUUCAGCUGUUGAGGAUACAGCCAGCAGUGCAGGAUCUGUCAUCAAGGGCAAUAGCUAUGUCUUGACUGGAGCUUCGUGGGUCACUAAUGCAUACAUAGCCAUCACAAAGGCGGUCGAGGAUGUAGGGGCGAUGACAAUGCAGAAGGCAGAGAGGGUCGAGGAGGAGGAGAAGAGGAAGAGCCUAGGAAAAGAGGGGGAUGCAAUAUAUUCCCAAUUCAUCAAUGCCAGUCGUUACAACUCGUCACCAGCUCUUCCGGUCAGUUCAGCUGAUGUGAGUAGCAAGCAUCUUUGAUUGGUUUGAGUAUUCCAGAAAAAAAACUGAAGAUUUCAUACCUACCAAAACAAUGACAGCGUGUUAAAUGUACUGCGAUUAAAUGUGGUAACUGGUUUAUGAUCAGUUGAAAAGAAUAAGAUCACCCUACAGUUUAUCAGGGGAUCCUUACAGUAGAGUAGGAAUUCUAUGUGUUGCUUACAAAUUCUAUUCGAAUUUACAAUCUUGCUCGUAUUGGAUG